GAAAGAACAUAAUAAAUGAAAAAAAAAAAAGGAUUUCAAAGAAGACUAAAUGGUACAACAGAUUUUUAUCGAAACUGGGCUGAUUAUAAAAACGGCUUUGGUGACCUGAAUGGUGAGUUCUGGAUCGGCAAUGAACAUUUGAGUCUACUGACAUCUGAUGGCGGACAUGAACUGAGAAUAGAUAUGGAAGAUUUUGAGGGAAACAGUGCAUAUGCCAAGUAUAGUAAGUUCAAGGUAUAUCAAGAAGAAGACAAUUACAAACUGGAGGUGAGUGGAUACAGUGGAACUGCUGGAGAUUCUCUUAAAUAUCAUAAUGGAAUGAUGUUCUCAACAUAUGAUAGAGAUCAGGAUACAUGGGCGCGCAAUUGUGCGGAACGUUGGCAUGGUGCAUGGUGGUAUAAGGAUUGCCACCAUUCCAAUCUAAAUGGACAGUAUUAUAACCAGCCUGGCAAACUAGAUGGUACUGGAAUUAACUGGCGGCAUUGGAAGAAUAAUAACUACUGUUUGAAAAAAGUAGAAAUGAAAUUCCGUUAAGACGAUAAACUGAGAUAUUAUCACAGUUAUAAAGUUUAUAAAAUAAUAUGUUUGUAGUAUUUUGUUAUGUAAACUUUAAAGAAAUAUUUCUUGCGAUAGCUUAUCAAGAAAAAAGACUGCACACAUGCAUAGUGGAAUCACUGUCAGGUUGACUUAUUCCAUAUAUACGUUGUCAAUUGCAAAUGCUACCUGACAUUAUAUAGUGCCUCAUACGUACAUGUAUAUGUAUUGAUUCCAAUUCUUCAAACUUUGUGAUAAUCCCACAGAAUGUUAUGCUAUCUAUAUGUGCUAUCUUAAAUUACUUUCAAAGUAAUGAUAAGGCAGGCAAAGUGUGACUA